AUGAGAAACGGCCAUUUACGAGGCUGUGGCUUAAAUAUUAUUCCAAAUCCCCCAUUGUUUCGUGCAGAGGAGUGCCUAUCAGAGGGUAAUAUCAUCACAUUGGUGUGGCAACCUUGCCCUGGAAUCGGCAUUGAUUACUACACUCUGGAGAUUGAUGAUGGAGCUGGUGGAGCCUUCCGAGUAAGCUGA